CGGCCCCGCCGCCGCCUCCGCCCGCAGCGCCCGGCCCCACGGCAGCCCCGGCCCCACGGCAGCCCCCAUGCCCCGCCUCGGAGCCAAGGUGUGCCUGCUCCGCUGCACCCUGCUGUCGUCCCUCCUUCUCCUCCUGGUCUGCAGCAUCCAUGAGACGGAGCAGAACAGCUACUGCCAGCAGAUCAUCACAGAGAAGCACCUGGCAGAGCUGGAGGAGCUGGCUGACACCCAGAUGCAGCACCCGGGCAGGGUCUCCUUCAAGUUCAUCAACAAGAUGCAGUUGAAGGACUCUGUUUGCUACGUGAAAGCUGCCUUUCCUCUGCUGGGGAAGAUCCUGGAGCGAACAGAGUUCAAGGAGAACUCGUCCAACGCCAAGAAGAUGCAGACGGUGCGCAGGAUGUACAGCCGCAUCGACGAGAACAUCGACCCCUGCAUCAAGGAGGAGGAUGACGAGGAGAGGAAGCUCUCACAGAUGUGCUUUGAGGAGUUCACCACCUCUCCCUAUGAGAUGCUGGUGCUGGUGAAGCAAUUCUUCCAGGACAUCAACCAGCUGCUGCAAAACCAGGAGACCUUUGAGAAGGAUUGCAGCCAGGUCUACCGCAGGACCUGCUUGGGGCCCAGGAAGGCUGGAUCCUCACCAGGUGUGGGGACGGCUCCUGACUGCAAUUGCCUGUCCCCUGCCCUCCCUUCUGCCACCCAGCCCUCCCCGUCCGCUGCCGCCCGUGCCAGCAGCGAGGCGCCGCCUGCUCUCGCCCGGGUCGGCCUCCUCCACGCCGACUCCCACGCCCCGUCUCAGCCCCCCGGUAGCACGGAGGGUGGCUCAGGGACCGAGGAGGUGCCGGGGGCCGGGGCAGGCGCGGCGGCGCCGGGGCCGUCCCCAGGGAUGCGGCGCAGAGCUCCGGCCCUCGGCACCGGAACCCUGGCGGCAGCGGCCGGGCCCGUCCCGCGCGGAGACCGAGAGCUGCGGGAAGGGGCCACGGAAGAGGCGGCCUCAGAGGCGGCCGGGCCACGGGGAGCCUCCGUCCCGCCACGGGGAGCCUCCGUCCCGCCGGCGCGGCCCCGCGGGCUCAGCACCACCCCGCCGGCGGCGGCCCCGGCCAGGAUCCGUCCCGCCGGCGCCCGGGAGCCCGUCACGCAGCUGCGCGUGUCCAGGAUGGCGCCGGCGCCGUGGCAUGGGCCGGGGCUGCCCGGCUGGGGGCUGAGCAGGACGAGGGAGCCCGAGGACGCCGGCGCCGGGCCCAGCUUUGACUCUGGCUUUGUUCUGAGCGCAGAGCAGCGCAGGAAGGAACCGGCCGCCAGCGAGGGCCGCCGGGAGCCCCUCGUGUACAUGGCGGUGGCCAGCGUGGUGGCCGUGCUGCUGGCCGUGGGAGGGCUGCUCUUCUACAAGUACAGACCCAGGGUCCUGGAGCGGCCGCUGGAAGACGGAGGCUGCGAGCCCCAGGAGCCAGAGAGGAGGGCGCUGCAGGAAGCCAGGGGAUGUCCAGAGCUGGAGACUCAGGACCUCUGAGGGCCCAAGGUGAGAUGUGAAGCUGCUCAGGGGAUGGAUCUGGCUGCUCCUGGUGCGAAGGAGGGUGGGUGCAGCGGCCCCUCCAUGAUGCUGAGGCUCCCUCUUCCCAGAGACUGCAACACAAGCUCCUGGCAGGGGUGAAAGGCUGGGGGGGUGCACCCUGACCCCCGGGCGCUGCGAAGCAAAGGGCUGGAAGGUGUUGGACGGUCUCAGAAGGGCUUUGCUGAGCCCCUGCGGUGCUGAGCAGGACGAUGGAGACGUUGGCACUGGCUGGGGGCUGCUGGAUCCCACUCCUUGGACGUGGCCAGCGCUGGCUGAAGAUGGAGGGGACCAGCUCCCUGAAUUCCCUGGCUCUCUUCCCACCCCAGCACAGCUGGGUUUGGAGCAGCACCCCUUGCCCCCCCGUCCCCCUUCACCCUGCCUUCAGCUGGAGCAUCCUGGAUGCUGGCAAUGGGGGGGGGUCAUCACCCCUCAGCCCUGACUUGCAACUUUAACCCUCACACUGUGAAUAUUUAAACCCCCCACCCUGUGCCCCCAUCCCCCAGCAGGGCCAGGCUUGGGGGUGAUGUCUGGCACCGUCCCAGCCCCCAGCCAUCCUGCAGCCAGAGCUCUGCCCCACGCCCGAGCUGGCCUCGGCUCACCAAGAGGGGUGUAGGGGGUUGUUUUUAAUAGAGAGGAUGAAAGUCUUUAUCCAACAGAAGUAUUUUAGGGGAGGGAGGCCCUGUCCUGCCCCCUCCCAGGGUCAGUGCUGCCCGGCAGGGUCAGAGCUGGCCUCGCCUGCCGCUGACUGCGCUCGGAGAAGGGAAACGGGGCCGGGGACAGACUCGGAUGCACGUGGGUGUCAAGGAUGGAGAUGCCCCAGCCAGGUACCCACAAAGGGGGGGCUUAUUUAUGGCUCAACCCCUUACUCUGGCUUUGGGAAGAGCCCAGUUUGGGGAAUGUAUCAUCCCCGGAGAUACCCCAAAGCCUGGGCUUGGGCCUCAUCCUGCCCCGCCCCGUGUGUGAAGCGCAGCCCGUGCUGCUCCUGGCUCUCCAGGGAGCUCUUUAUGUGAUGGAAGAAAAGGUGAACAAACCAAACUGGUGGGUUGUGUAUUUUUUUUUCUAAAGAAAGCAUUGCUAUUAAUGUUUUAUAUCUCUGGUGUGUGUAUUUAUGAGCUGCCAAAGGAGGGGAAGGGGCACUGCAAGGGAAGGGUGCAAAGCAGCAGCCAAGCCCUGACCACACCAAGGACGUUGGGGCCAGACCCUGCUGGUGCUCAGCACGGAUUUGCACCCUGGAGGAGUUGCUGGCCCUGCCCCUGAGGGAGGAAACUUGCCUUUGAGGGAGGGAACUUGCCAUUAAGCUGCAUUGGAUUUAUUUUUGCCUCUUUUUGUCUACUUUUGUCUGGUUUUGGGGGGGUUUUGGGGUUGUUUUUUUGAUACAAUGAAAUGUUGAAAUAUUUUAUACAAAGCCAUUUAAAGAUGUCUAUUUAAAGAGAGGAACAGAAAGCAGCUUGUAUAUUUAAUGUUAUUAAUAAAGAGAGAGGUGGA